AUGGACUUUGUUACUGGCCCCAGUUACCCCAUCCAAGCCCCAUCCUCCACCCUGACGCCGAAUGGGUUAAGAACAGGCGACUGGGCAUGGGUGGCACAUGUAACACGAGCCACUUCAUCCCGAUUCCCAGGAGAAGCUUCUCAGCCUAUCGGAAACCCUCGGUCGCCAGUCUCUGUCAGGAACAGACCUAGUGGUUCAUCCAGCUCCCACGCACUAAUUUCCGCGGAGACACAGCCCACACAGCCCACACAGCCCACAGACGUCCCCUUCCGUGGCAAAACCGUGCCCGCUCGGCCCGUCCCCCCUUCGGCUCUUCCCUUUUCAUCGUUCAUCGGUGGGUACAGCGCCAAUCGUAAAUGGGUCAAGGCUGUGGUUGUGCUGAAAAAUAAGUGUAUCUUUUGA